UAAGCAUUGAUAAAAGAAGCAGCUUGUCAUCAUUACAUAUGCACAAUGUCCUAAAAUGCUGUCUAGGCGCAGUUCUGAGCUGCGGCAGAUAGGUGGCCUGUGGUGGUCGCGCAGGCAGCUCACGGCGCAGUCGCGGUAAUGAACGGACGGAUCAGGUAAGCGCUGUUAAUUCAACAACAGGUGAGUGAAUGACCGCGACCGAGGCUCUGCUUGGCUGUUACAUCCGUUAAUCGCGACUACAUCAAGGAAAUAAAGAUGUGAUGUGGAUUGUUUUAGUCGGAAUUGUCUGGCUGUAAGUUCCGCGUCGUGGCCACUUGUCCAAGUUACUGCAGUCAAAGGAGAUCUUGCUUUUAGCGUGAAUUAAGGGUCUGAGUGUCAGACAUGUUGUCAGGGGAGGAAAUCUUAUGCAGCACCCAGCAGGUGAUCGCAGGGCUGGAGGCUCUGCGUGGAGAGAACUGCACGCUGCUGGACAGCCUGCAGGAAACGCUCCAGAGUCAGACGCCCAGCGAGAGCGCUAGCCUGGAGCAGGAGAAGACCAACAUCAUCUUAGAGUCUCUGGAGAGGAUUGAACUGGGCCUAGGAGAGGCGCAAGUGAUGAUGGCUCUGUCAGCACACCUGGGCUCUUUGGAGGCAGAGAAGCAGAAGUUGCGUGCUCAGGUGCGGAGGUUGUGCCAGGAGAACCAGUGGCUGAGGGACGAGCUGGCCCGGGCCCAGCAGCAGCUACAGGAGCGGGAACAGGAAGUGGUUACUUUAGAGGAGCAGAACAGACACCUGCAGUUCAUGAGCAGCAUCCGCAAGUACGACCACGAAGAGCCACCUAUGGAGGAUAAAGAUUCUACUUCAGGGAAGGGGUCCCUUGAUGAUCUCUUUCCUUCUGAAGAAGAGGAGCAAUCACACAUGUCUCAGCCACACAGUAGUGCUGCCGCUGCUGCCCAGCAAGGAGGAUAUGAGAUCCCUGCCCGCCUCCGAACUCUCCACAACCUGGUGAUCCAGUACGCCUCUCAGGGCCGCUAUGAGGUGGCCGUGCCGCUCUGCAAGCAAGCUCUGGAGGACCUGGAGAAAUCCUCAGGCCACAGCCAUCCUGAUGUUGCUACCAUGCUCAAUAUCCUGGCUUUGGUGUACAGGGAUCAAAACAAAUACAAGGAAGCGGCCAAUCUCCUGAAUGAUGCAUUGGCUAUCCGCGAGAAGACAUUAGGCAUUGACCAUCCAGCAGUGGCAGCUACUCUGAAUAAUCUGGCUGUGUUGUAUGGAAAAAGAGGGAAGUAUAAAGAGGCAGAGCCACUGUGUAAAAGAGCUCUGGAGAUCAGAGAAAAGGUGCUUGGGACAGAUCACCCUGAUGUAGCCAAGCAGCUGAAUAACUUAGCCCUCCUAUGCCAGAACCAGGGCAAAUACCAGGAAGUGGAGCAGCACUAUGAACGUGCACUGCACAUUUACCAGAGCCAGCUGGGUCCAGACGAUGCCAACGUGGCCAAGACCAAGAACAACCUGGCCUCCUGUUAUCUCAAGCAGGGGAAAUACAGGCAAGCUGAGGCUCUUUAUAAAGAGAUUCUGACUCGUGCUCAUGAGAAGGAGUUUGGCUCAGUGGAGGGGGACGGCCGGCCGGUUUGGAUACAUACAGAGGAGGGAAGCUCUAGACAGGAUGGUCUGGGAAGUCUGAAGCGCAGUGGAUCGUUCACCAAGCUCCGGGAAUCUAUAAGACGAAGCAGUGAGAAGCUUGUUCGGAAACUGAAAGGAGUUGGAACACAGGAAACAGCCCCUCGAGCUGCUGGGAUGAAGAGAGCCAAUUCUCUAAAUGUGCUUAAUGUGGGUCUCAAAGAAAGUCAAGAGCCUGAUAUGAAGCCCAAUAGGCUGACAGAUGCACGGGGUCUGAGUUCAAGCACGCAGAGUUUAGCACGCCGUGCAUCUCUGAGCGGUGACAGCUAACUUUCAGACAUGCCAUGUGACAUCAGGACUGAUGCAGAGAUGUCAGCCUCACAUCUGGCUGGUCUGUAAUGACUGCAAAGGUCAUAUUUGACAAUAAUAUGAGGAAUAGUAUAUGACGAUGAAUGCACACACUUCACAGCAGUCUGUCAAAGUGCUUCUGGAAAAGGAGAGCACACUUUGGCUUUACAAAAAUAUUUUUUACACUGUAAAAUCAGUUCAGUCUACUCAUUUUUAAAAGCCUGUUGCAAUAUAAAAUGUCACAGAAAUUUAUAAUUUAUUGCAUUUCAAAGAUAGGACCAUUACCACAGUCUUAGGCAGGGUGCAGUUUUUUUUUUAAUAAAAGUGCGAUCACAUUUUAUUGCUCAGCAGAAUUUUGCAGGCAAAAUCCAGUCAUUUCAAUAGGAAUCCAUGCACUCAGGACUUUUGUGUACUUAGGUUUCACUCAUGUUCAGGUUGGUCGCACAAAUUUGCUAUAUUGACCAACAGAAAGCCUUUGUUGUGAGAGUCUCUAUUUUGUAAGCCUAAUUCAUUGCUACAUUAUUGACAAUGGACAUUUUUUUGCCUGCAUAAUUUUACUAAUGUAACUGCACCUUACCACUGUUUACUUAGAAUAUUGUAGCAAUAUGUGACAUACAUUCCAUGUCCUCACACUACCAUGCAAUAGAAUUAUAGUAUUUGCACUUAAGGGAUAGUGGAAAAAAUUAAAAUUCUGUCAUUAAUUACGCACCCCCGCAAGACCUUCGUUCAUCUUCAGAACACAAAUUAAGAUAUUUUUGAUGAAAUCCGAGAGCUUUCUGACCCUGCUUAGGCAGCAGGCCCAGGCAGGUAGUAAGAACAUUGUUAAAAGUCCAUGUGAACAGUGGUUCAACCAUAAUGUUAUGAAGCUU